UGUAUACUAUACAGCUUUUUUCUCAGCGUGAAUGCGGGAAGUGGCGCGGGGGUGGUAGUGCGUGAGACUUCGUUCGGGCAGCAUUGCGAUUGCUGCCUUUCCGUUUUGCUUUCACUUCCCUUGGUCUAAUCGACAUAGAUAUCAUUGUGUAAUGCUAAUUAUAGCAGCAUGGGCCUCGUAUACAUUAUUUUACAGUAUAGUUUAAUGACUUUUGGUGCGGUAUGAUUGACAGCUAUAAUGCCCGCAUGAGCCAUCUUCGAAAUUAACCAAUGAAACUACGUGGGCGGGACGAAUCCCCCAACUGUCAGAAACGUCGGGCUUCCAAGCUUCUGCCAAUGUGUGAUAUGUUUGUCAUAAAUGCGUUCCACAGGUCUACCAAAUAAACAUGUUAAGUGGCAAACUUAUGUUAAGGAAUCUUAUCCUUUCAGUUACAAUGGGUUUGAACAAGCAUGGUGCGUGUAAUGCGCUUGCUAAUGUUUGCCUUGUUUACAUGGACAUGUAACGUUAGCUUAUAGUACUGUAAAGCUAGUAGCUUGCUAGCAAGAUUGCUUUAACUUGCUAGCUGGCUAACACCGAGCUGAACGCGAUUAGCGGUUCUAGUGGUACGUGCAUUACAUGGUUACAAUAUAAUAGUUUCCACAAAUAACACAAAAAAGCAAGCUAUUUGUUAAGUUAUGGGUGAAACUCAAGUGCAGACAGCGGCACGGUUGACCAAAACUUAAGGUAUUCCUACCUAGACUAACGUCACAGAACUACUUUGCUAGCGGUAGCUACACAAUCUUGGCUUAGCAACCACUGGGUGGGUCAAUGCCCAAAAUAGUCAGUCAGUGCGUGUAUUGACAUUUGCUAUAUAUUUUGGAAAGCACAGGGAGCAAAGGCGAUUUCGAAUCGUGUGAGGUAAUCAGACUACGCGAUGACAAGGCCGAGCCACAGCGAUCAUGUCCUGCAGCAGCUCAACAACCAGCGAGAGUGGGGUUUCCUGUGUGACUGUUGCAUAGCCAUUGGAGACAUAUAUUUCAGGGCCCACAAGGCUGUGCUGGCAGCUUGCAGUUCCUACUUCAGGAUGAUGUUUAUCAAGGACCAGCAGGCUAUGGCACGUCUCAACCUCAGCAACAUGCAGAUUAGUGCAGAGUGCUUCGAUCUUAUCCUGCAGCUCAUGUACUUGGGCCGAAUCAUGGUGGGCCCCUAUGAGUUUGAGGAGCUUAAAUCUGCCAUGGCCUAUCUGCAGAUGUAUUACAUCCCUGAUUCACUGGACGAUCUCAAAGACCUUCGGAGCUCUAACCUCACACCUUCCUCCUCCUCUUCUUCCUCAUCCUCCUCAUCUGGCUCCUCUUCGUCCUCCACAGCUCCGGGAUCUUUAGCGGGUAAAAUGAUGUUCGGUGUUCGCAUGUAUGAGCAGCAGCAGCGGCAAGGUGAAGAGGAGAGGGAGGGGGAACAUGCGCACCAGGCCUCCAGCUCCACCCCUGCUCUGCAGAGUAUAAGCAGUACCAUGGGAUGUGGAGGAAAAGCUGUGGAGGACGUGGUGCUACCACUCGCUCUGUCCCACAGCCUGCCCCACAUAGCGGACAUUGCGGCCGAGCAACCCUGCGACCUACGGAAGAAGCCCUCAGGGAGGAGCUCCAGCAUAAAGGAGCGCCCUCGCUUUGGCCGCACAUUCACCUGCGACGACUGCGGCUUCGUUUUCAGCUGCGAGAAGCUGCUCAUUGAACACAUCCUCACCUGUACCAACCGCAAGGCCUUCCACGCCCCUAAGGCCAAUGCUGGGGCCGACAACGACUCCAGCAAAGCGGAGAGCACAGCCUCAGACGCCUCUGAAGAUCACGGUGACAUAUGCAAAACAGAAAGCGACUGGCUAGACCAAAAGUCAGACGCAGAGACGUUCAGCAAGGAGACAGUGAUAAAGUCAGUGGGAGCAGGACUCAACAAGUCAAAGACUGCUAGGAAUACCAUCAUUAUCAAAGUGGAGCCAGAGGAAAAUUCUGAGCUGGAUAUGGGUGGUAUAAAAGUCGUACGGGUGGGAGAGAGUAGCGCAGAGGGCUGUAGCAUGCUCAACACCCAUUUUGACGACACCGAUAAGCAGCAGAGUGCUUAUGACAAAGAGGAAGAGAUGGGCAUGUCCGGGAUGGAGGACAGCAACGAUCCUUUCGAGGGGCACGUGUCCACCAGCGAAGCGGGCAAAGUGACCAAAGUGCGGCCGAUCAAGGAAGAGAGGCAGGAAGGGGUGUGCUUGCCGUGCGAGUUAUGCGGCGCCCUGUUGACGGAGGACGACCAGUCCGCCCACUACAUCUCCAGCCACAUGAGCAGCAUUUGUGCCUGCGGGAAGUGCGGCCAAAUUCUGAUCAAAGGGAGACAAUUGCAGGAACACGCCGAGCGCUGCGGGGAGCCCCAGGACGCAGAGACGGACUCGCUGGGGGACGACUCCCUCUCUGAGGACAAACAGGCUGCGGAGGAGGGCUUGCUGGAGGGCGACAUGGGCUUUGAGGGUGAUCUGGGCUCUUCGUGCCAGGUGUUCAGGGACACUUGCUUAGCCUUCCGCUGCCCUCACUGCGGCCUGCACUUUGAAAGUGAGAAGCUGGUAGUGGAUCACAUGGUCAAGUGCCCGGAGCAGGAGCUGUUCCGCUCGUCUUUGAUGGAGGAGGGCGAACGGGACCAUCGGCGGAAGCACUUCUGCAGCAUCUGCGGCAAGGGCUUCUAUCAGCGCUGCCACCUGCGGGAGCACUACACCGUUCACACCAAGGAGAAGCAGUUCACGUGCCAGACCUGCGGCAAGCAGUUCCUGCGGGAGAGGCAGCUCCGGCUGCACAACGACAUGCACAAGGGCAUGGCUCGCUACGUCUGCCCCGUCUGUGACCAGGGCACCUUCCUCAAGCAUGACCACGUGCGUCACAUGAUCUCGCACCUCUCGGCCGGCGAGACCAUCUGCCAGGUGUGCUUCCAGAUCUUCCCCAGCAACGAGCACCUGGAGCAGCACAUGGACGUGCACCUGUACAUAUGCGGCGUGUGCGGGGAAAAGUUCCGCCUCAGGAAGGACAUGAGGAGCCACUACAACUCCAAACACACCAAAAAGUUAUAAAGGGAAUGGACAUUCUUUUCCGUGAGGCUGUUAUGUGUGUAGGGUGCUCUCUCUGUGUGUUUGUGUGCGUGUGUGUGCAUGUGUGUGCAUGUGCGUGCGUGUGUGUGCACGCGUACAUGCUCUCUGGUACCGAAGCCAUAAAUGUGAGAACAAUUUUAUUCACCUGAGCACCAAAAAGCAACCUAUAUAACAUGCACUUCAAAAUUGUAUGCAUAGUUUAGAUAUAUUGUAUGCCUUUUCAUAAGGGAAACUAGUGACACAGGUUGUAGUACACAUGUUGUGUUACUGUUUUCUCUCAGUCUUUUAUUUACAUUUCAAGUGGAGCAGGAAUACAAGUAGUUGAUGUACCAUUUUGUUACAUACAGGACACAGCAGAUAUAGACCUCUCUUCAGCUCUUCCACAGUAAGAGGGCUAACACUGUAGUUACCAGUAUGGACUGGGCAAUUUGUUUUUUCUGUUGGUGCUGGCAGAUAUUUAGUGGGAUCUAUUUAUUUAUUUAUUUUUAUGGUUUGUUCCCAAAAUGGGAUUUUUCAGUUUUUAUUCAUUCUUUCCAUUCAUCAAAAAGGAGCUGGGUGAUUUGGGUUCCCAGAGUCUCUCUGAAUCAGAAGUACACAUCAGUAGGCCAGAAGCACAGUCCAGGAGUUCUCUAAAAUUCAUAUUCAUGGGUAUAGUAUGGAAGGGGAGACUCAAGCAAAUUGAUGCCCUUUCGAUUUAUUUUUGUACUGGUAUAAUUAAUGUGAAGGUUAAGUUUUUUCUGUUAAUGACAUGCAAGACACAGUCUUGUUUUAAUUUAGGCCAUUAUGUAUCAGUCAGAACUAAUAUUUUCUCAUUUGUUAUAUGGGGUGCUGUUGCAUAUGAACAAGUAAAAAGCAUCCCCUUUCUCAUGAACCAAUGUAUGCAAACUGGAGGGAUGAUUGAAAAGGAACACCAGUAGGAUUAAGUUGCUCCAUAUGCAAACAAGAGGGCCUAGUUAAUAAUCUUGAAAGUGCAAAUCUUCCAGCCAGGAAAAAUAAAUGCUUUAAAGUAUAGAGAUGUUUAUGGAAUAUUCAGGUAGUUAAAAUGCAGUUACAGUUCUGAUUGAAAUGGAAAAACACUAGAAUCUCUGCGUUUGGUUAUAGAUUUACAGGGAGCCAAUACAGUCCGAUUCCUUUUCGCUUGUAUGCUUUUUAGCACUCGUUAUCCUUACUUUUUCUGAGUGACUGUAUGACAUUCAAUGACUAUUAUGGUUCUUUUGCACAGGCCUUUUCCGAUUUGUCUAUGCUAUUGUGAGCUGGUAGCUGUUUUUAGAAUGCUGUCUAUAUUGCUCUUACCAUUCUGCAGGUUCCCCGCAGGCUGGAGAAAACACCAGAAGAAUCUGUAAAAUUCCAGAAAUGUCUGAUUCAACUUACUGAUUUGUUCUGUUAUGAGCUUCAACUCUUGACAGCAUGCAGUACAUUUACAGUGCGUUAAGGAGAUCAUCAUGGCUAGGCUCAAGUUAUUAUGACCUGUGUCUAGACUAUGACUGUUCUGCAACACAACUGAGUACGAAGUUGGAGUGUAUGAACGAUUGAAGCCUAGCAUAUUCAUAUACUUUAAAACUUAUGUUUAUAUUCAAAUCCUGAAAUACUCAGUUUCCCCGUCCCUGGUCUAACCAUUCCUAUAUAAGAAAGACUUGAAUAACACUCAAUAUUACCCUUGAAAUCUUAGAAAUGCCAAUGCAUCACAAACAGGAUCUAACUAGCGAGAUUCUUGAAUUGAGCUUUUAUGUUGCUACUCAUAUGACCUACUGUAUUGGUUAGAGUUAAGCAGUAACAACAUAACUGCUUUCUAGUUUGAAGUGAAAAUAAAUUGUCCCUGAUUUAUAUAACCAUUUCUGAAAUGGAUACUUGUAUUUCUAAUGUAUUUAAUUUUGAGGAAAUUUACACACUUUAAUGAACCUGGAAGAACUCUUCCUAUGUUUUGAAUAUAAUAAUUAGGUGUGAAAUUAUUCUCUAUUUUCAAUUUUCAAAGAUUUUAAUUGAAACUAUGCCUGAACAGUCAGUGUAUGUUUUUUUUUUUUAGUUUCACUGAAUUUUUCUUCAGACUUUUUUGGUUUUCAUGUCACUUGUGGCAGUACAUUGAAAAUAUAAAGGACAGUGUUGUAACUUUCUUUGUAGGAAUGGAACCAAUGGAGAUGGUGCUGGUUCUGCUACAAAGCUGGACCCAUUUUAAUUGCACUCUCCGUCCCUUGGGUAUUAUAUUCAUGUCCCUCCCAGUGCAGUCUUGACCAUGUCAUUUUUAAAGUCAGGAGAAUUCUGGUUCGUUAUAUCUGCCUUCUAGUAUCUUUGCAGUCUGAGCUGUGUACUGUGGGCAGAGGCAACAGUAGCUGCUUAGCUCUGUACAUGUCUCAAAGCUGGGGAAUGGUAUUGGGGGAAUUGCCUCUGUGCACCAAUAGUAAUACCCAAUGUGCUAUAGCCAAAUGUAUGGCCUUUGCAUGUGAGGUGUAUGAACAUAUUGGAGAAUUGGGAAUAAAUAAGCAGCUGAAGUGUUUGUUACAGGUCAGCCGGUGGGGGCACACUGAUUUGGCUGGAAUAAGACCCCCGUACCCCUAGGUGAUCCAGGCUGCUUUAUAGUCUGUGUACCAUAAAUAAGCCUAGUAAUCCAACCAGUUUGUCUAGUCACCCAACCAGGGUGACAUUGCCAGUAAACCUUACUGUACGCUGGAAGCAUAUACCAAAUUGCUGCAGUCAUCUUUAUUUUGUGGACAGGUGAAAUAGUCUUUAAUUCAGAAUCUAAAGAGCAAACAAAUAUGAUGUUCUUGGUUCUUGGUUUAAAUAUUUAGUACAGAAAUCGUGCUGUUGUUCUUGCUUCCUUUCAUGUUUUUGCAGGUUUUGAACAAAACAAAUGUAAAGGACAAUGUCAAGAUGAUGUUUUUUUGUAAAACGUGCCCUGUUCAUCUAGGCACAGGGUAGUAUCUGAAGUAAUGCAGAUUUUACAAUAAAACAUUUUUUUACCAAUAAUAAACAAAACUUUUAACAAGCUGUGUAUUCUUUUUUUUGUUUAACUGUUUUUCUCAGCAAUGUUUAUUCAUAGUUUUUUUCCCUUUCCUAUGUGUCUGUAACCGAAACUUUUUUGUGAAAACCAUCAACUGUUGGGGGCAAUAUUUCAACCUGACUCCAUACAGUUUUUAUUAUAUAGUCUUAUACGUCUAUUCAUUUUAUUGUAUUGUUGUUUGAGAACCAGCUUCAAGCUCAGAGAAAAGAUGUUUGAAAGACUUUAUUAAUUUGUGAGUUCAAUAUGUCUAUGGAAUUGUGUUUUUUUAUUACAUGCAAUAAAUGUUUUAGUUUUAAAAAAAGGAAUAUUUUGGUUUUAAGCUCCUAGUGGAUGGAAAAAGUUAGAGGUAACCAUUGGUGGCCAUUUUGGAUUUUGUUUUUUCUAUGCCAUUUUUCCUACUUCGACCUGGUUGAUUCACUUGCAAGUUUGUCUGUUGCAGCCAACUUGUAUUAAAUUGUAUUAUUUACAUAAUGAUAACUUCUGUUUCACCUGAAACUAAUAUCUCAAGAUCCCACUCCUUACUCCGAAUAAAUUUGCCUCAAUGAC